CAUAUGACUAUCAGGGGAGUGCAGGCAUCCGCUUGGUGGCUAAGAAAUUGAUUAUCCAUUCUGAGGAAUGAAGGUGAAAUGCACUCUGAGAUCCAUUUCAGAAUCUGGAUAUGCAAACAUUCUAUCUGAUCGAGAUCAACUGACUCAGAUGGGGAAUUCUCAUGUAGACAAGUCUAGGAAGGUAGCUUAUCUGGUUGAAGAACAGCUGAUAUUUUAACUCUGAUAUUCUUUUAGGAGCAAUUUGAUUUCUCAAAUGAGAACCUCACAGUUAUUAUGAUUUAUAGAAAGCAUUGAUACAUUGAUCCCGCGCCUCCUAAACUUUUUAAGCCAAAAGCGGCAUUUACCCAGUUAGGAAGCUUGAUUAAGGAGUUCAGUAGUGUUAUCUCCAAAUCUAUCCUUUUGGCCUGCACGUUUGACAGAAGUGCAGAUGCUGUGCUCAUUUUUGCCCAAGGGAAAGGAAAGAGGAACAUGGGAGGUGAGAGGUGGGAAGUGGGAAGUGGGAGCUCGUCUUUUCCAGGAGGAAGAACUUGUUGCAAAAGGUGUUGUACCAAAGUGUGGCGACCCUGAGUGAGGUGAAUCGGGUUUUUAAAUCAAAUGAUUUAGGUGUAACGCAAACUCCGUUCUUUUCCUACAUUUCCCUCCAUUCAAAAACGCUUUUAGGCGAAAAUCACCUUUCCUCCGUUUUCACACAAUGGUGCUGUGCUGCCUCCACCAUCGAGAAUUUCUCUCUUUCUAAAACUUUCAUCUCCUUUGCCUAUGCUUAAAAAUUUUAAUGGAGGAUAAUUGCAGCACCAACAAAUUAAUCAGUUUGUUGCAGAUAUCACGCUACCGUUGGUUUUUCAGGAUGCUGCCGUAGAUCUCCACUAUGCUGCCAAGGUGUUAUAAAUACCUAAUGAUAAGAGCAAGCAAAGGAUCGACAUCUCACACAACAAACUUUUAGCACAAUUUCUCUUUAUGCUCAGAAUCAUCUUAGUUUCAAGUCUUUUAGUGUAGUUUUAGCUCUACACUUCAGCUUAGAUUAAUUUAGCAAUUCAGUUCUCCUUUUGUCAGAUUUGUAAUGGUGAGUUUCAUUGCCUUCAGUAGUAUUUCUUUGUGAUUGGAUUGCUUCCCUUCCUUUUCUAUUUUCCAAGUUUCCUUUAAUUAAAUCAAAUGAUGUUGACAUU